AUGGCGACACCUGGAGGAUUCGCGCUUGGCAUUUCCCCCGAAGAGAAACUCGCUCUUCCUCUCGACACGUUAAUCCAAAAAGGCAAGAAGGAAAACCCCAAAACAAAUGCCGUCAAGAAAAAGCAGCAGCAAGUCCCGACGUCUAAGAAGAUGCAAACAAAUUCCAAGAGCCACAAGCAGCAGAAUGUUAAGAAAACAGUACUUGUUCCUGUGUCAAAAGCUGCUCGUGCAAGAGCCAACGCUGCUGUGGCAUCGGCCAAGAGACAGACGGUUAUCAAUACGCGGCGGCCUGGACUUGUGCUGGCCGCGAAGAAGGGGAGAAAGACGGGCCCAAUCGUGAAGCUGCGACCGCACAAGACGUCAGUCGCGCGCAAGCAGCAGAAGAAGGGGAACAAAUCGACUCAACGAGGACUCGACGUGUCUAACAUUAUCAACCACUUUCGUACGCACCCGAAAAAGUUUGAUGUGCCCAAGGGCAGCAAUCUUUGCAUCACCAUCAAUCUGAACAAUGUCAAGCCUGUUGUUGGAGGUCACAAGUAG